CUCCUCCCUCCGGACACCGGGUCUCCUCCGCCUCUGAGCCCCUCAUGAAGCGUGUGGACCGGCCGGUACCGGAGCUGCCAUGACCGCGUUGUGUCGCCUGAUCCAGAGAGCGCCGCCUGGCGGUGGCGGAGCGUGGCGCCGGCUCUUCCCCGGGCAGCAGCAGCUCGUCUGCGGGGCUGCUCUCCCGGUGCGGACCGCCAGCUCAUCCAGCCCAGUCAACUUGACCUACGAUGUCUUUGACGGGAAGGGAGAGAGCACUCCCCUGGUGUUUCUUCACGGCCUUUUUGGCAGCAAAUCAAACUUCCACUCAAUAGCCAAGUCCUUGGUUCAGCGCACGGGCCGAAAGGUGCUGACUGUAGAUGCCCGUAACCAUGGCAACAGCCCUCACAGCCCGGAGCUGACCUAUGAGGCGAUGGCCGGCGAUUUGAAACACCUCCUCUCCCAGCUGCACAUCGAGAAGUGCGUCCUCAUUGGCCACAGCAUGGGAGGGAAGACGGCCAUGACGACGGCCAUCACACAGCCUGGUUUAGUUGAGCGGCUGGUGGUUGUGGACAUCAGUCCAGCCCGGACCACCACACGGACCAACUUCCGUUAUUACAUCCAGGCCUUGCAGAAGGUGAAGAUCUCCAGUGACAUCCCACGCUCCACCGCCAGGCGGAUGGCUGAGGAUCAGCUGCGCAGUUUAGUCAAGGAGCACUCAGUGCGUCAGUUCCUGCUGACUAACCUGGUGGAGCAGAACGGACACUAUGCUUGGAGGGUCAACUUGUCGGCCAUCUCGGAGCACCUUGAUGACAUCAUGAGUUUCCCCACAUUCGACACAGUCUAUGAGGGACCCACGCUGUUUCUGGGUGGAGCCAGUUCUGCUUAUAUCAGCUCCGACGAUUACCCAGAAAUCCAGAGGCUGUUCCCUAUGGCUGACAUCCAGUACAUCCCAGACGCCAGCCACUGGAUCCACGCGGAUAAACCCUUAGACUUCAUCAGCUCCAUCAGCUCCUUCCUGCAGUCCUAGCUGCCUCCCGUCAACACCUCAGAACGGUUUCUGUUAACGCUUGGCGCCUCUGAGCGUCCACUCACUGAAAACGAAAGGUGAGAAUUCAGCAGCUUCAGCGAGAGCGAGCGGAAUCGAUGAUGAUGCUAAAACCCUCAACCACUGGACCAAGCUCGCUCUCUUACAGCUCUCAGUUCUUUCACCAGAGUCAAAUGAUGUGUAGUGUAGCGUCAUGUAGGCAAACCUUUAGUCUUACCAGAUUGGCUGGUGUCUAGAUUUUAAGAUCCGUAGGAAGACAAGUAUGUUGAAUUUAACAUAUUUAACAUAAUGGGGCUGUUUUGGAGGUGAUACUAAUCCAAAGAAACUCUCAUUUGCACAGUGCUUUCUUUUGUUUUGACUCAUUUAUGCCAGUAUAAAAGAAAAGAGGAUUUAGACCGAGUACAAUGUGGGACGACUGAAGUGGACCGGCAGUGAAACGGUUGGAUAAGAAGGUUGAGGAGCUCUUCUUUGAGCGAGAUGAAAGGGGAGUUCGGUAUCAUGUGCCCGGAGUAUCCAGCUCUUCAAUGAGGCUGUAAUACAGACAUGAUGUUUUGUUGUAGAAAUGUAAUUAUGGUGAUAUAUUCAGUAUUUUGAACCGGAUUUUAGAUUUUUCCACCUCCUCUGUGGGGUUUUUCUUGUCUUAUUAAGGAGUGUGGUCUUUUAGGUUGAGAGCAGCACUUACUUAUUUCAAUCCAGCGCUCGCACUCAAAUAUACGCUGCUUGCGUUUAGAUUACCUGCUCUCCAGCUUCAGCUCAAACUGAAAGACCACACUCUUGAUUAAAGAUGGAGAAAGCAAAACUCAUGCUGCUCCUAUGUGCGUCUGCCGAAUGUGGGAGAUGAGAAUAUUACAGUUCGCUUACUCUGACUCAACUCGAGCUUAUCAAGAGCACUGGUUAUAUUUUUAACGGAUACGUAACCAUCUAUGAAAACCAAGCUGAAACGCUCAGAAGCAGCAAUGUUACAAUCUGUUUCCUGAAUAUCUCAGGUUACAACUGGAUAUGCUUCUUAUUAUACUCUUGUACUAUUCUGUCUGUGUGGCGGUACGCUGUGGUAAAGUUGUUGUGUCAGUAUUUGUUCAGUCCGAUCCGUGUUUUGAUGAAACAUCUUUUUCUGAUUUAUUAACUGUAUCUCUCGUUAUCUUUACAACUAAGGCGCAAAGCUAUAUGGGUCAUAUCCCACAGAUAUAUGCUGCAACUAUGUCCGUCGUUAUAUAAUCCUGACAGUGUUCGUCUCUUCUGUUUCAUUUGUUUUGAACCGUACAGUCCAGUAGUAAAACUGCCAUCAGAAUGAAUAAGCAGGGUGUUGUAAAUUUGUGCGUGCCUCUUUUGUCGAGAGCUAUUUUUUCCAUUUCUGAAAAACUUGAUAAAGAGAGAACAUUUUAUUUUACGAUGUUAACUAUCAGGCUUGAGAUUGGCAGCCGGGUUGCCAGUUG